AUGAACUCAGUCACUGCCUUCAUUGCCUGCCUGCUUAUCCUAGGUGCACAAGGACAACCAGCCAGCAAAUCUAAUAAAUGCAAGUGUUACAGUUACAUUGGCAGAAUCAGCCCAAAGCUCAUCAAGGCUAAGCCAGUGAUACUACCAAGUAUCUUCUGUCCACAUACAGAAAUCAUUGUUACCACAAAAGCAGAUAUGAAGAAGUGUGUGAGUCCAGAGUCCACACUUGGACGACACAUUCUAAAAAAUCUUACUUACUAAAACUUACUUAAAAAAGCAAGGGAGGAAAGGAGCUGUAAAGAUCACGACUGCUGGUCAGAGUACUG